AUGUGCUACUCUCUCUCUCUCUCUCUCUCUCUCUCUCUCUCUCUCUCUCUCUCUCUUUAUCUCUCUCUCAAUAAUAAUAAUAACAAUAAUAAUGAAAAUUGUAUUCAUUCUUUUCUUAUUACCCAGUCUUCUUUGUUAUAUACAAUUACGUCUAAUUUUGGAACGCUUUCUAUAUCGUCUUUUUUCCUCUCUUACAUUUUCUUCUUAUUUUCCUGCUCUCCUCUUCUCUUCGCUCUCCUUCUCCACCUCCUCCUUCUUCUUCUUCUUCUUCUUCUUCUUCUUCUUCUUCUUCUUCUUCUUCUUCUAUUAUUGUUUAUUACUCACUCACUCUUAUGUUACUGUUUUUCAUUCUACAUUCUUUCAUUUAAAACAUAUUUUACCCCUCUUUGCUCUCCUCCGCUUCUUCUUCCCUCCCCCUCCUCCCUCUUCUUCUAUUACUGCAUAUUUCUAUCUCACUCUUCUGUUACUGCUUUUAAUUCUACAUUCCUUCAUUCAAAAUAUUUCCCCUCUCCUCUUAUCUUCUUCUUCUUCUUCUUCUUCUUCUUCUUCUUCUUCUUCUUCUUCUUCUUCUUCCAUUACUGCUCAUUUUGCUCUUUCUUAUAUUACUGCAUAUUAUUAUUUUCCUUUCUUUCUAUAACAAUUAAUUUUCCUCCUCCUCCUCCCCUCCUUCUCCCGAUCCUUUUCUUCCUCCCCCUCCUCUUCUUCUUCUUGCUCCUCUUUCUUCCUUAUCCUCUCUCUUGGAUAAAACUCUUCUGCAACCUGGCAACGACCCAUUCUACACCCAGACAUAACCCAGCCCCACCCGUCAACCAGGUCGCUCCUUUAUUUUCCCCCCUCACUGUUCAAUCAUCUCAUAUUAUUUCUGCAAGUUAA